AUGACAGGAAAAACAUUAAAAGUACUAGCUUGUGGAGAUGUUUGUGGUAAAUUUAAUCAGUUAUAUAACAGAGUUUCAGCUAUUCAGAAAAAAGGUGGAAAUUUUGAUGUAUUAUUGUGUGUGGGAGAUUUUUUCGGUAAUGAUUCUGCUGAAUGGGAAGAUUAUAAAUCAGGCAAAAUUAAAGGAAAGCGAGGAAGAUACACUACAAGUUCAGGUUUACAGAUUGCCUAUCUCAGUGGAUUAGAGAGUUCUACGGAAGAGGGUGAUAAAUCCCAUUUUACUCACAAAGAUACAUGUAGUCUAGUUUUACCAGUGAUAUCUGACCCUAAUUACAUUGGGAUCGAUAUUUUGAUAACUUCACAGUGGCCCAGAGGGGUCCAGAAAUAUGCUUCACAAGCAGAAGGUUUAGAAGAGGGAAAGCUAGUCGGAUCAGAAGGUGUAUCUGAGAUAGCCAGAAUUCUACGACCAAGAUAUCAUUUUGCUGGAUUGGAGGGAGUUUUCUAUGAAAGACAACCAUAUAGGAACCAUCAAGUUUUGAUAGAAAGUGCCAGACACACAACAAGGUUUAUUGGACUUGCUAAAGUUGGCAAUAAAGAAAAGAAGAAGGUUAAUGUUUUAUUGAUCAUUAUGCUUUGGUGA